AUGAAAAUAGGAAUAUAUAAUUUAUUACAAUUACAAGUUAAAGCAAAUAUAGUUAAUACUAUGAGUAACGGUCAAGGUGACACCGUUUUCUCAGUAAAAGAUUCAGAUUUAUUAGCAAAAAGUGCUGAUUAUCCUGUAAAGAGUAAAGAAGCAUCUAAUGAAGGGGAUAAGAAUACAAAUUUAUACAGGAAAGAUGCAUACUUAUAUGAUGAGGAUGGAAAUGUAAUUAAAAACAGUUCAAUGAUAAAUCAUCACAACCCAGAGAGAACCAAAGAUGCAGAUAAAUUUAUUACUAAUAAAAAUCCAGAUUUAGAAAAAAGAGAUCAAAAUAAUAAUGAAGAUUUAGAAGAAUUGGACAAAUUAAAAAAUCCUGAUUACUAUUAUAACAACAGAGGAUCAGGAUUGUUUAGUAAAUUAAAGAACUUUUUAUUUAGUCCAUUUGGAGGAUCUAAAUUAACAACAAGAGCAAGUUCAACAUUAUUACCUGAUUCAUUAAAAGAAUCAGAAGAAAAUGAAUUGGUAGACAAACUUUUUGAAAAUCAUAAAGAAUCUGAAAAACCUCAAAGUAAACCAAUUGAAAAGAAUGAAUGUCCUCCAGGAACAAUAGCAGUCCCUGCUAUGUCACCAAACCCUUCAGUGAAUGAUGGAAUUAGAGCAAUUAAUAGUUCGUUAAACAACUUCAUUGAAUGUGUUACUAAACCUGCAUAUAAUUGUGAUGAACCAGCAAAUUUAAGGUCUAUGUCUUAUGAUCCAUUGCAUGUACCUAAUACAGAAGAAGUUAUAGCAGAUAAUAUUAAAGAUAGCAUUACUUCUGCUUCACUAGUUCCAUCAACUGAAAAUAAAGAUAAGCAAACAGAAGGAACACUUCCUCCAAUUGGUUUCGAACACUUAAAUUCCGGAUAUUCUUAUCCAAGACAAUUAGAUCCUAGAAACUGUUCUGAUAGUCCACAUCCGUUUGCUAAUGGUAUUACAAGUGGUUUCCCAGCAUUACCACCAAAACGUACUUGUAAAGAGCCUGCUAUUAUUAACGGAACAAAUAAACCAGGUUGUACAGUUGGAAUUCCAGAUUGUAUAGAUUCUAUAAGAAAUUGUAUGAAUGAAUUACGACCUCUUACUAAUCCUGUUAAACCAGUAGUAACACCUGAAAAACCAGUAGUAACACCUGAAGAAGAUAUUUUACCAUAA